ACAAAGUACCGGUGUGAUCAGAUCCCCGGGCCGCCAUGGGCAGCGAGGAUCGGGAUGUCAGCGAGGAAGAUCCGGAGGUACUGGAGCUGGAAGGACUGGGCCGGGCCCCCCCUCUGCAGAGGAAUGGAUGCGUCCAAAACUCCACAUGGGAUGCGGACGGGCAGAGCGGCGCACUCAGCGCAGAGGGGGGGACGGGGGAUCCAGGUGAUAUUACCCUGGUCACCUCUGACUGUCCCCGAGCUGUGGUCACUCCGGGGGAGAAGAGCCGCUGUCCGCCCAUGUUCUGUGUCCGGUUCAUGGUGACCAAGGAGAGCGGGAAGAAGAAAUGCAUUUGCCCUGGGCUUGGAAUCUUCUACACCAUCCUGUCCACCUUAUUUUUCUCAUCAGGCGCUUUGCUGGUGAAGAAGAUUGAAGACAUGCACUCUGUGCAGAUCAGUGCUUUCCGCUGCGUUUUCCAGAUGUUAUUUGUGCUUCCCGGCCUCAUUUAUUACAAGACCGGUUUUCUAGGUCCCAAGGAUCAAAGGAUUUUCCUUUUCCUGCGCGGAUUCCUUGGCUCCGGUGCGAUGAUUCUCUUGUACUAUGCUGUCCAGUCCAUGCCACUGGCGGAUGCCACAGUCAUCACUUUCAGCAGUCCCGCCUUCACCUGCAUAUUUGCCUGCAUAUGUCUGAAGGAGAAAUGCACUGUGUGGGAUAUCGUCUUUAUCACCUUCACUAUAACUGGCGUCAUCCUUAUAGCUCGUCCACCAUUUCUGUUUGGGUCAUACGCCAAUGACCUUGAGGAAGAUUACUCUGGGCACGUUAAAGGGACUAUUGCUGCGCUAACAAGUGCAAUCUGUGCCUCAAUAACCCUGGUGGUGUUAAGAAAAAUGGGCAAGUCUGUGCAUUACUUGCUCUCCAUUUGGUAUUAUGCUGUGAUCGGUCUCAUUGAGUGCAUCAUUGCCCUGUCAGUACUUGGUGAAUGGAGUUUGCCUUAUUGUGGAACAGACAGGUGGUUUCUGAUACUUAUCGGAAUUCUAGGUUUGGGAGGCCAAGCGUUUCUUGUAAAAGCUUUACAGAUCGAGAAAGCUGGAUUAGUAGCCAUCAUGAGGACAAUGGAUGUGGUCUUCGCUUUUAUUUUCCAGGCAUUGUUCCUCCAUCACACUCCAACGUGGUGGACAAUUGGAGGGGCCCUGUGCAUUGUGGCCAGUACAGCUGGUGCCGCCGUUCUCAAAUGGUACACAAGCGCAAAAAAGGCCAAAGAAAGCGAGUUAUAGGCUGGAAAUGGGACAAAUGCCAUUUAGACCUUGUUUACUUCUAAAAGGUUAAAGGUUGAAUCCACUGAACCAUGAGGAAUAGCUCUGCAUUCUUUACAGAAAUGGAGGAUUAUGGGAAAAAAUGGCACUGGCGCUGCUGCUUUUCUUUGAUCGUCCUAUUGUUCCUGAUUAUGGUCCAUUAAUUCAAGACCAGCUAAUCAUUAAAGUGACACUAAGGCUACUUUCACAU